AUGAGUGGUAGACUAGGUGCUUACCUGCAUGCGGCCCUCAGGGCACGUAUGGAACGUGCUGCGAAGGCCAAUCGGCUUCUUGAGACUAUUACUAAAAACGCCGGAAAGAGAGAAUACGCUCCUCAUCUGCUUUCUCUUCCUCCGGAACUUCUCUACCACAUUCUCUCCUACCUGCCGGCUACAACACUUGCUUCUCUAUCCAGCACAUGCCGUUGUCUUCGAGAGCAUGUCGCCGACGACCAGGUAUGGGCUCUCUUGGUAAAUUCUUUCCUCCACAAGCCCCUCCGUGACCCCGCGCCUUUCGAGUCAUUCCGGUCCCUCUAUAUUACCUACCAUCCGUUCUGGUUCAUCGUUCAAGGCAAGAUAUGGUACUCGGAUGUUAAAAAUACUGGGAAAGUGAUCAUCGUUCGCUACAAUGCUCAGCGGGGCAGAAUCGAAGGUUAUAGAAUUGUGGCCGCCCAACCGUUUCGCAAUUAUGACCUGUGGUCCAAAGACACGUCCAUUUUCAUUAAUUCCUUUGAGCCACAAGUUAGCCUAUGGUUAGAUGACCCGGUCAUAUUGCUCGACAGGGUUGCAAUAUCAACCUGGAACUCUAACCUUGAGAGGCCACGCGAGUAUCGAAUGCCGAUGCAGCUUGAGACCCAGCGAGUAUUCACUUCUAUCUUCUUUUGCAAGGCUGCCGAUCCAGACGAGUGGGAAAAUGAAGAUAAAUCAGUGUGGCCCCCACUUAAUAUAGAUGCCGUUGAACGUGUCGACGUCACAUACUCCGAUUUCGAGUCAUCGGUUUUGUUGGAUAAACCGCUCCGUCAAAGUGAGAUUUCCGAAGCAGGGUUUCGAAUAAGACGAUGGAUACAAUUCGGUGGAAAUCUAUCUGCUUUUGAUACUGGGACUAUGAUGGAUGGCGUCUCUACAUAUGGAACACUGGACCCCAAGCUUUAUACACCAACGGCGGAAUUCCCCUAUCAAGGAAUUUGGGUUGGCGAUUACUCUGGCCACGGAGCCGAAUUCCUGGUCAUUAUGCAGUCCGAAUGCAUGCCCUUAUCUUUUUACUCGCACGAAAAAAUAGCCGAGAAUGUUCUUCGUGCUAAUAGAGGAACCCUUCCCAAAGCCUUCAGCAGUACUGAUGGAAUACCGCGUGGAGGUCUGAUCGCGGUCAAGCUCACAGGAGAUCCAAACGUUCCCCGGGGCGAAGUUAGUUUUUACGCAGACGAGAUUGGCCCAAAUGGGACAAUUCGUAUUGCUGAUGAACCGGAAUUUCACGGUGCACGAGUGGUAUCUAGCUGGGGUCAUGUCGCUGGCACAGAUUUUACAGGAGUCACCCAAUCGGACGAGUUUGGAAUGUCGGAACUGUUUCUUCUCUCCCACGACUGCAUUGCACACUUCUGGCUAGAAUUGGGCCAUAUUUCGUAUUAUCGCCGUGUCAAUCUCGACACCCUUCUUAACCAGUGA